UGUAUAUGUCCCCACAAGCUCCUUUCUAGUGGAAACGUGAGUUGAUGGAGCAGCCUUUCUAGUUCUACUUCUGUCUCCCCCCUCCAUCACUCUAUCUAUCUAUAUUUGAUGCUUAUGCAAACCCUAGCUUUUACCCACCUCUUAAUCACCACCAUCCAACUUGCUCCUUCAAGAUCUCACCUUUUCUCAUCAUCAUCAUCAUCAUCAAUUCGAUGCCUUUUUCAUCUUUUUAAAACAACCCUUCAUUAGAUUCCUCCCAAGAUUUGAGUAGAUCUUUUUCAUCUUUGCAACAACAAAUGGAUUCUGGCAACAGUGGUAGCUUCCAGUCAUCUAGUGGUGCUGAUGAAGAAUGCGAUUCACGCGCCGCCGUUCAUGAUUCUGGUUUGAUCACCUCCCACCACCUACCUCACCAACCUCCACCACCACCCUUGUUCAACCACCUUAUCCACCAUCAGAAUCAGAUCACCAACAACUCUAACCCCUUGUUCUUUUCUUCUUCUUCUUCUUCUCCUUCUUCACAACACCAACUUCUUAAUCUUGAUUCGGUUAUGUGGAACAAAACCCUACCUUCUUUCUCCGACCACCACUUCUCUCAUGCUACCACCACUACAAACGUAUCCAGUGAAAUCCCACUUGUAGCAGGUCUAUUGUUAGGGUCUGGGGAGGGAGUCAUGAUGACAAACCUUAACCCUGUCCCAGAGGACAGAGAGACUGCUACUGUUACUGCUACUAUUGCAACAACUACGUCAACGAAUCCUCUUCCGCCCUCUCGCAACCCGAAAAAGCGAUCAAGGGCGUCAAGAAGAGCGCCGACUACUGUGUUAAACACUGACACUCAUAACUUUAGGGCUAUGGUGCAACAAUUCACCGGCAUCCCUUCACCGCCUUUUACCUCACCCUCUUCGGGUUUUCCAACCCUAAACACAAGUUUAGAUCUUUUUGGUAGACCUUCUGCCAUGAUGAGAUCUAACACAAACAACUUUGAUCAUAACCUAAAUGCACUACCUUCUUAUCUUCUCCCACCAAAACAAUAUUCUUCAUUAAUUGAUCAUUCAUGUAAUAACCUUCUCAAUACCAUGCAAAACCCUAUCACUUUUCCCUAUAAUCCACUCAACCAAUCACCACUUCUGAAUCUUAAACCGACAGAAAACCCUAAUCCUUCAAUAGGGUUUGGUGUGAUUGGACAAACUCAGAUUCAUGAACACCACACCACUUUGCCAGACCUCCUUUCAACUGCAGCAACACCCACAACAACAAGCUCGAGAAAUGACGAUCCGGUGGCAUCCGGAAACUGGGACGGUGGAGGCGGUGAUAACUACAACAAUGGUUGAAGACUUUAUGCAAACGAUGAUGAAGUUGUAAGGUGGAGUCACAUGGGAUUUGACUUUUGCAUACUGUUUAGGAACAUGGAGAUUUGUUAUCAUUAAGAAGAGAUCUGAUGCAAGUGUGUUCAUAUUCUUAGUACCUCAUCUCUUUAUGUGCAUUAAAAGGAAAGAUAUCUACUCAUUUCUCACC